GCAGGGCUGACCCAAAUAUUGCUGUCAUCAAUAUAUGCCGUUUGCUUUUCACACAGUUUAGAGCGACGUUGGCGUCUUCGUGUAACGCAGUUUGACGUGAUGGCGACGUGUGACGAAGUGCGGGACAACGUGAAGAAGUACUAUGGCAGCCGACUGGAGUCCAGUUGUGAUGUGCAAACAAGCGCCCCCUCCUGCAGUGUGUCCCGCAGCCCCUUGCCAAAAAGUGUCAAAGAUGCUCUGAGCCAGGUUCACCCGGAGGUGACCAAAAAAUUCUUUGGCUGUGGCCUUCCCUUUCCAGCGAAGCUUGAGGGCUGCAGAGUCCUGGACCUCGGCAGCGGCUCUGGCAGAGACUCUUUUGCCUACAGUAAACUGGUUGGACCGAGCGGAUUUGUGACAGGGCUCGACAUGACGGAGGAGCUGGUGGCCGUGUCUCGUCAGUACAUUGAGUAUCAUCAGAAGGAGUUUGGCUAUAAGGAGCCCAACAUCACUUUUGUCCAGGGCUACAUGGAGAAGCUCAAUGAGGCCGGCAUACAAAAUGACUCAGUGGAUGUUGUGCUGUCCAACUGUGUUGUCUGUUUGUGUCCUGAUAAAAAAGUUGUGCUGCAGCAAGCUCUUAAUGUCCUGAAGGAGGGAGGUGAACUCUACUUUAGUGACAUGUAUGCCAGCAAGGUCAUUCCUGAUCACAUGAAGCAAGAUCCAGUCCUGUGGGGUGAAGGAAUGAGCGGCUCUCUGUUUUGGCAGGAUCUGAUUUCACUGGCCCACAGCGUAGGGUUCAGCACGCCACAUCUUGUUUCUUCAAGCCUCAUAGUGGUCUACAACAAUGAGCUCAAAGCAAAAGCAGGUGACAUCAGCUAUGCCUCCAGCACUUACCGCAUGUUUAAGCUGCCCAAAAGUCGGGUCAUGUCUAAGGCAACAGUUACCUAUAAAGGAACUUUGGCAGAUUUCCCAGAUCAACUGGACUUUGAUUCCUCUCACUCUUUCAAGAAAGAUGUGGCAGUGGAGGUAGACGGAGAGAUGGCAACAAUAAUCCAGAGUUCCCGUUUCUCUCCGGACUUUAAAAUCCAGAUAUCGGAUAAACCGGAUAAGUCCAGCUCAGAGUCAACGCCCAAGUACUGCCACCUCAACCCUUUUCUGCUGGCUGACAAACUGGGAUUCUCAGUGGCUCAAUGCUCCAAAAUUAACAAAUAAAGAUGCGGCUGAACCCUGGGGGACCUGUUCUGAAGACUGACUACGGAAUUAAAACAGCAAUUAGUUUUAAGAUUUUGAUGAGCUGAUGUUUUUUUGAGUCCGUACAUUAGAGACAAAUCAUUUGAUGUGCUAAUCACCACCUGUCUCUCGUGAUGUAGUUCAGGCCAAUCGUGUCAGAUAAUUUGGGAAUAAUAUUGUGGUUUACACUUGUGUUUGGCAGCUAAUGCUGUCACACUAACAGAGUGUGCAGAUACUACCAUUAAUUUUGUGAUUAAAAAAGUACAUAAUUUACAAAGUAAUAACAUUUCUUUGCAUCAACCGUGAUCUACUUAAAUGAAUGUACUAGAAAAAGAAUCUGUGUAAAAAUGACAAUAAAAGCAUC